UGUAAAUAAUUUUUUGACUGUUAAGUAGUUACAAUAAAUUGUAUUUUUAUUAAAUAUUUACUAUUAAAUAUACAAAUAAUAAUUAAUUAUAUUAUAUUACAAGUUUUAUAAUGACAACCUUGUUAAAUGCUGAAGCACCGGGAACAAAUGAGAGUACAAAGACUGCAUCUAAAGUAAAUAAAUCUGAGACUAAAUCGAAAGGAAACCAAAGCCUCGCCGAAGAAGACGACAAUGAGUUGGAAGAAGUGCUGCGAAUGAGUGUUGAAAGCAAAGCAGAGACAGAGAGCCGUCAAAUGGAAACGGCUUUAGCUCUGAGUCUUGAAUCCACUCCUAAACCAAUUAAUCAAUUCUCGACUGAGGAUGAGAUGGUGGACAGGGCUCUGGCGAUGUCACUCGAGGGCUUAUAA